AACGGGCGACAACCGAACCUCCCGCCGCCGUCGCCGCCGCCGCGAGCACUGCCUGCGCACUUCCGGCUAUGCGCCAGGAGCACUUCCGGGGCAAAGCCUAAGAGCGCGCGCGCACGUGGGGCCAGGUCGGAGGGAGGUGAGCGCCGAGAAAGAGAGCGCGGGGCAGCUGGAAUGGGUGAAUUUAAGGUCCAUCGAGUACGUUUCUUUAAUUAUGUUCCAUCAGCAAUCCGCUGUGUGGCUUACAAUAACCAGUCAAACAGAUUGGCUGUUUCACGAACAGAUGGCACUGUAGAAAUUUAUAACUUGUCAGCAAACUACUUUCAAGAGAAAUUUUUCCCAGGUCAUGAGUCUCGGGCUACAGAAGCUUUAUGUUGGGCAGAAGGACAGCGACUCUUUAGUGCUGGGCUCAAUGGCGAGAUUAUUGAAUAUGACUUACAGGCGUUAAAUAUCAAGUAUGCUAUGGAUGCCUUUGGAGGACCUAUUUGGAGCAUGGCUGCCAGCCCCAGUGGCUCUCAACUUUUGGUUGGCUGUGAAGAUGGAUCUGUGAAACUAUUUCAAAUUACCCCAGACAAAAUCCAGUUUGAAAGAAAUUUUGAUCGGCAGAAAAGUCGCAUCCUGAGUCUCAGCUGGCAUCCCUCUGGUACCCACGUUGCAGCUGGCUCCAUAGACUACAUUAGUGUGUUUGAUGUCAAAUCAGGCAGCACAGUUCAUAAGAUGAUUGUGGACAGGCAAUAUAUGGGUGUGUCUAAGCGGAAGUGCAUCGUGUGGGGUGUUGCCUUCUUGUCGGAUGGCACUGUCAUAAGUGUGGACUCUGCUGGGAAGGUGCAGUUCUGGGACUCGGCUACUGGGACGCUAGUGAAGAGCCAUCUCAUCGCUAAUGCUGACGUGCAGUCCAUUGCCGUAGCCAACCAAGAAGACAGUUUUGUGGUGGGCACAGCCGAGGGGACAGUCUUCCAUUUUCAGCUGGUCCCUGUGACAUCUAACAGCAGUGAGAAGCAGUGGGUUCGGACAAAACCAUUCCAGCAUCACACUCAUGACGUGCGCACUGUGGCCCACAGCCCAACAUCACUGAUAUCCGGAGGCACUGACACCCACUUAGUCAUUCGUCCUCUCAUGGAGAAGGUUGAGGUAAAGAAUUAUGAUGCUGCUCUCCGAAAAAUCACCUUUCCCCAUCGACGUCUCAUUUCCUGUUCUAGAAAGAGGCAGCUUCUCCUCUUCCAGUUUGCUCAUCACUUGGAACUUUGGCGACUGGGAUCCACAGUUGCAACAGGCAAGAAUGGGGAUAUUCUUCCACUCUCCAAAAAUGCAGAUCAUUUACUGUAUCUCAAGACGAAGGGUCCUGAGAACAUUAUCUGCAGUUGUAUCUCCCCAUGUGGAAGUUGGAUAGCCUAUUCUACAGCUUCUCGGUUUUUUCUCUAUCGACUGAAUUAUGAACAUGACAACAUAAGCCUCAAAAGGGUUUCCAAAAUGCCAGCAUUCCUUCGCUCUGCCCUUCAGAUUUUGUUUUCUGAGGACUCAACAAAGCUCUUUGUAGCUUCAAAUCUAGGAGCUCUGCAUAUCGUUCAACUGUCAGGAGGAAGCUUCAAGCACCUGCAUGCUUUCCAGCCUCAGUCAGGGACAGUGGAGGCCAUGUGUCUUUUGGCAGUCAGUCCAGAUGGGAAUUGGCUAGCUGCAUCAGGUACCAGUGCUGGAGUCCAUGUUUACAAUGUAAAACAGCUAAAGCUUCACUGCACGGUGCCUGCUUACAAUUUCCCAGUGACUGCUAUGGCCAUUGCCCCUAAUGCCAACAACCUUGUCAUCGCUCAUUCUGACCAGCAGGUAUUUGAGUACAGCAUCCCAGACAAACACUAUACAGACUGGAGCCGGACUGUCCAGAAGCACGGCUUUCACCACCUUUGGCUCCAAAGGGAUACUCCUAUCACACAUAUCAGUUUUCAUCCAAAGAGACCGAUGCACAUCCUUCUCCAUGAUGCCUACAUGUUCUGCAUCAUUGACAAGUCAUUGCCCCUUCCAAAUGACAAAACCUUACUCUACAAUCCGUUUCCUCCCACGAAUGAAUCAGAUGUCGUCCAGAGGCGCACAGCUCAUGCUUUUAAAAUUUCUAAGAUAUAUAAGCCUCUACUCUUCAUGGAUCUUUUGGAUGAAAGAACACUUGUGGCAGUAGAACGGCCUCUGGAUGACAUCAUUGCACAGCUCCCACCACCCAUCAAAAAGAAGAAAUUUGGAACCUAAACAGGGCACUGUCUGUGUCCUUCCUUGAACUGUCUACCCUGUUGCUUUUCACAGAUCAUGAUAAUAAAACAAAGUUAUUCUUGAGGA